AUUGCGUUGUCAGUAUUUGCAAGCGAUAUAAUGAGAAGGUGGAAUGUUUCAUCAUUUAUGUUUGUCUUUUGUUUGCCUUACAUAACAAGCUCUUUAGUUUCCCAAUGUUUAUUUGGGGAAAUUUAUGAUAUGGCAACCAAUUCUUGUGUAGUAUGUGCAGAAGGAUAUUCUGGACCAAAUUGUUCUAUCCGUUGCCCGUUCCCUGGAUAUGGUAAAGCUUGUCAACUUACUUGUAGCUGUGCUGAAGAGGAAUGUGAUGCUACUACCGGAUGCAUAUACAGUACAAUGGGUAUAAGACGAAAAACCGAAACUGAGACGAAAAUAUAUGAAAUAACGGAUCAUAUUGGUGUGGAUGUUCUUUCAACUCUUCAUCCAUCACAGCUGAAUAGUUUUCAAAGCACUGAUUUAUUAACAAAUGGUAAUCAAGAAAACGAACAUAAAAAUAUAUCUAGGGAAAUAGGAAUAGGGGUGUUAUCAAGUGUACUGGUUAUUCUUGCUAUUUUGUUUGGUGUGUUCAUUUUUUCAAAAAGAAAGUAUUGCCAAAAGAGCCACGAGGAAGGGUAUGAAACUCAUUAUGAAGACAUAAAUGAACUUUAAUUCUUAAUCAGAGCGCUUGAUAGGGUUACUAGUAACUUUUUCUUGCUUAGUUUCUGUAAGCUGACGCCUGACAGGGUAUGCACUUAAGCAUUAGUACUUACAAGCAGUAUUUAAAUGUGGUAAAUAUACUCCAUUCCGUAUUUACGAAUGAAAAGAGAUUUCUUAUUUUUGACAGCUAGAUUGUGUUGUUUUGUGUUCAAAACCUCAAUAAGUUUAAUAAGUGUUCUAAUAAAACUAAAUACAUGCAGUAGAGCACCAUAAAACUGUAUAUAGAGUGUAAAAAUGCAAUUAUCACUCAUUUAAGGCCAUAUAUACUGGAUAUAAGAAUGACUUCUUUGCUAUUGAAUACAAACUAUUUUCGACAAGACGAACACAUAGAUUCUGAAGAGAACUUCAAAGUGUAUUCUUUGCAGUAAACAUAUGUGCGAUUCUGCUGUUUUUAUUCGUACUACCGAAAUAGACUAAUUAAACAUUAAAAUUAUGUAAGUAAUAUAUAAUAUAUGUUAUGAUAUAAUUAAGGUAACAUGCACUACCAACUUCAGUACUUUUAAGAAAGUAUAAAUACAUGCUAUAUAUUAUUUGAUUAUCUGAUGAAGUGCAUAUGCUUGAUCUUUGUUGAUUUUUGGAAAUCUUGUCAUUCUAGUAAUUUACA